ACAAACAACUGUCAUUUGACAAGGGUCUUUAACAUUAAUCGAUGGUUUUUGUUUUAAGUUGUAUUUGUAAUAUUCGUAAAAUAGAGAAAUUCUUAUGUUUAACAAUCAGUACUAAGUUAUGGAAAUAUCACAAGGUAAUACGUCGACGGUGUCGUUGAACGAGGAUUCAUUUAGCAGUUUUAAACAAAGUUCAACCAAGAAAAACGACAAGAAUCUUGCCGGCGUCAGUCAUAAUCGUGGUGACGAUCAUGGAAGUUUUUACAAAGAACUUUACCAGUUUCAUGAAAAUAAAGGAACACCUAUACCCCGAGUGCCUAAAAUAAAUGGACAUGAAAUUGAUUUGCAUAAGUUUUACAAUCUUGUUAUUGCCCGCGGUGGAUGGGCCAAGAUAAACUACCGGAAUGAAUGGGAGGAUUUGGUUCCCGAGUUUAAUCUUCCCAAGAAAUGUGUAAAUGCAUCAGUGGCCCUGAAGCAAAUUUACUUGCGUUACCUGGACAGAUACGAAAAAGUGCAUUUUCUGGGAGAAGACAGCGAACGUGUUGACGAUCCCGACGACGAUAAUCGCCACAAGAAAUGGAACAACAAAGUUUUGAACGAGGUGCCAUUGAAGUACAACUACAAUCAGCACACCGUUCCCGAUUCGAUGCGAAUUAUCCAUAAACUGUCAACGGAAUUGUAUAAGGCCAGUGAAUACGACCGGCUGAUAAUGUCGCUUAUGUCUCCACUGCCGAAUGAACAAGAUUUUGCCAUUAAUGUGUGCACAUUGAUGGCGAACGAGAGCAAACAUACGUUGAAAAUUGAAAAUUCACCGAAACUCUUGGAAGUUUUGCUUGGUCAUGCGGGAAUAUACUCUCAUUUCACGUUACGAGUCAUUUUCAUUGAAUUCUAUUCGAAAAUUCGUCGACAUUCGUUCAAUGCAUUUUGGUCAGACUGUUUGAGAGAAAAGCCGGAAAUUUUGGAGCUCACAUACGAGGACUACUAUCAAUCGCCAGACGAAAAAAUGGAAAAUGGCAUUCCGGACGAUCCAUUGCCCAAACCGGUAAAUGGUAAUCGAGAAUCGUUUGAAGAUGGUUUAAUUGGUGGUGACGAUGAUGAGGAAGACAACGAUGCAGCGAGAUCAUUAGAUUUUUUAAAUCUGCGUCGCGGCCUUGGCACCCAUGACUACAUAGGUCAACGCGUUCACCAAAUCGCUUCAAUACUGCGAAAUCUGUCGUUCAUUGAAGAGAAUCUGCCCACUCUGGUGCGCAAUCGAUCCUUCAUUCGGUUUUUGGUGAUGACAGCUAACAUCAGGUGGGGCAAUCUGCAUCACAUCGGUUUAGAUAUUUUGGGUAAUGUUGCUACGGAAAUUGACUUGAGUGAUCCAUCUUCGGAUGAUUUAACGCGGUGCCUAUUGUCAACCAUUUGCGAUGGACUGGAAGGACAAGAUCGUGGUGUGGUUAUAAGUUGUUUGGAAAUAUUGUACAAACUGUGCCAGAAAGACAACAAUGAAGAUCAUCUGCAUCGUUGUUUGGAUAAAAAGAUUUACCGACAAAUAUGCCUGUUCUUGUCGUUGAGUGACAUUAUGCUACUGUUGUACACGCUCGAAUGCAUUUAUGCGUUGAGUUCUUUGGGUGAAAAAUCGUGCUUGGCAAUUGUUCAUGUCAGUGGAGUUAUUGACACAUUAGUGUCAUUGGUUACGGUUGAGGCACAGAGUUAUGGCCCGGAUGGUUGUAUUUUAAUGAGAGUAGUUGAAACUGUACCGAGUAACAUGCCUGCUCCUUCUCCAAAUAUCACACUCAAUACAAGUGCCAACUUAGCGAAUGUUCAGUCGGUACCAGCAGCGACAUUGACACAACAAGACAUGAAGGAUGGAGGUACAACCAGUACAUUGACUACAAUAACAUCGAACGAAGCGCAAAAGCCACUUCCGGUUUCGGCUCCUGUUCAGCAGCAAGCUGUUGUUCUCCAACCGCCUUUAAUUCGCCAGUCGACACCAGCUACACAAACGGUCUCGACAAUUAAUUCAACUGUAAACAAUUGCCAAUCCCCAAUUAAAACCGAAUCCAUAAAAGUUGAGACCCCAACCACUCCAGCUGCCACACAGAUGAGCCUAAAACAAUCUCAGCAGCAAGUGGUUCAGGAAAAUGAACAAUUUGCACUGGCCUGGCUGCGUGCGACUUUCGAACCGGUAAUGGCGUUGACGAGCCGAAUCGAACAGUCCGAUUUGUACAAGAUGUACAACACGGCGAGUAUGAAAAUCGGAAGACAAAGUGUUGUGUCACUGGCUCAUUUUCCGCGUUGCGUUCGGACGGUGUUCGGUGGAACGGUUGGUCCGAAUAAGAUCAAAAUCAGCAACGUUGACACUAUGUGUUACGAGGGCAUUCGGAUUCGGGCGAAGCCAUUGGCUGUUGUGCAUAAGGGAACGAUUUUGCAAGGACAGGUCACCAACGAAGUUACGAUUAAGAAACAGGAGCCUUCGUCAACGAUAAAGCAGACGACCAAUCAAACUCAAGUACAAAACCAGCAACAAAAUAGUAAUCAGCAUGGAUCGAUUCUAGUGGCACAAUUGAGUAAUAAAAAUCAACAGUCUCAACAGCAAACACAGUACAACCCAUCCACUCAAAUUCUACAGCAAGUUCUGACGAGUCAAGGCGAAAGUGUAAUGGUAGUGACGAACAAACCGAAUUCCAAUUUAAUUAUGCAACAGCAACAGGUGAAUACGACGAAUGUCAUCAAUAGUCCACAGAUGGUAACCACAACGUCCUCAUCGUUAAUCAAAAGUCUCUUGGCUAAUAAGGUAACGCCGCACGAUAAUGCUGCAAGUAAUAUAACGUCGUGUUUGAUUGCUCCGAAUGUUAAUGUGCAUCAGCAGGUGGCCCAACGGCAGCAUUUACAGAAGCAAAAAGAAAUUGCACAGCAAAUAUCUGUGUCUUCGAACGUUACGUCCAUAAUCAACUCGCAUAAUCAAAAUUCCAGCUUAACAAUUAAGCCAACGAAUGUUAAGUCCAUCGCAACAACUACCAUAUUGCCAACAACAAUGAUCAAAAAGGAUGUCGAUUCGGAAACAACAAAUUGGGAUCCGGUCCCGCCACUAGCUCCGUUAAGUGGAAUGCAUGGCACCAUUCGGACUAUGAUUCCGGCAGUCAUUCCAAAGGAUGAAGACUCCGAUUCAACCGGAAAUGUGUCAAUUGCGUCGAGUGUUAUCAGUACAAAUCCGAAUACCCCAAUUGUUGAAGAUGCUGAGAAUUCGUUUACUAGUUUCGAGGGGCUAUUAAUGCCGAAUUCGAAGGUCAAUUUAACCGACGAAGAUUCGAAGGAUUCGUUUAACAAACAAACAUCUCCUUCCCUGGUUGUCAGUUCGAAUAAAAUGCUGGCUGACUUAUUGGAACGAAAAUCAUUGGAGCCUCCGUAUAAUAUUAGUGCAACUGAGGGUAAUACGAUGAAGCGGAAAGUUGAUUCAAUUAGCGACGGCAGUGAAUCGAGUGUACCUGUAAAGAGACAAACUGGUGAAAUUGGCGAUCCAAUUGUGAUCGAUGGGGACGACGAUGUUGUGGUACCAAAUUCAGCAUCAUCUAAUGCUGCUAACUUGUACGCAAAAUUAGCUGCUUCUCUACUCGAAGAUGAAGAUAUGGAAGAAGAGGAAGAAAUUAAGCCGCCUAUCAUGCAUCAAACGAUCGUGCAAGAACCUCAAAAACAAGUGAUUACCGUUCCUGUUCCAUUACAACGUCAAAUUAUUGUGUCGCCCAACAAUCCGCCGCAAAUUGUUUUAGCACCGAGUCAGCCACAGCAAAUCGGCCAAGCUACUGCUACAAUCAAAACGGAGACGGGCUAUCAAACAGUACCUGUUAUUUUGCAACAUUCUGGCGGGACGAAUCAACUGACUACAAAUUAUCAAAUCCAAAAGCAAAUGGUUCCAAGUGGACAGCAAAUUAUUCAACCGAUGAUGCAACAACCACAACAAACUCAGUACAUGUUAGCUACGAAUAAUCAAGGUCAAACUUACCUGGUAGCUCAACAGGCUCCGGCAAUGAACCAACAUCAAGCGGUUUUAGUCACUCAAUCGCCAUCAGGAGCGUCAACAAAAACUAUUAUAUUUCUGCAGCAGCAAGGCCCUAACCAAAAUAUGCAGCAAAGUGGACAGUUAAUUACAACUCCGGGAACACCACAGAAAGUCAUAAUGGCAACGCAACAAGGUCAACAGAUGAUAGUAACACAAGUGCCACGUCCAGUUCAACAUCAAAUUAUUAUGAAUCAUCACCCAAUGUCUACCACCGCCACCAUUGUCCAAAGUAAUUCGUCUAUAUCUACUAAUGCAAUCGUUAGUCAGACGGCGUCGAUACUAUCCUCAGCAAAUCAAUCGCAACCUCAGAUUAUCACUCAGCAACAGUUGCAACAACAUCAACAACUAGCAUUACCACCUCGGUCACAAACUCCAGUAGUGCAACAACAAAUCUUAACGCAACAAGUAAAUCAUCAACAGCAACCAAUUCAGCAACAAGUACAACAACAGCCACAACAACAACAACAACAGCAACAACAACAACAGCAACAACAACAACAACAACAACAACAACAACAACAGUUGCAGCAGCAGCAACAACAACAUUUGCAGCAACAACAGCAACAACAGCAGCAACAGCAACAACAAACGAUUGUGACAGAACGAAAGCCAAUUUUUGUUGGAAUUGAAUCUGGUGAAAGCACAAUACAAGCUGCAAAGCCCCAAUCGAUGGCUCCUGUGGCAAAAGCAUUGACUCCUUCUCCACCUCCCGAUGUCAAAUCGGUUUUGACAGUUCCAAAAGUUGAAGAAGAAUUACCGGACCCGAAUUGGUUAUGGAUCUGCGAUUGGAGAGGCUGUUCAAAGAAAAAAUUUCGAUCUGCUAACGAUGUCUACCUUCAUACAUGUACCGUACAUUGUCCUGACAAUAUUGAUCCCAACGCUGAGAUCUAUUGUCAGUGGGGCCCCGGGCCAAAUCUGUGUGACAAUCUUCCCAGGAAACGAUUUUCGUUGAUGACUCAUUUAUUUGAUCGACACUGUACGACCGAGUCGUUUAAAUCAGCUUUACAAAGACGAGUUGCUGCUGGUCCACUACCGAAUCAACCGUCAGCACCAGUUACGAUAAUAAAAAAUCCCAUCGCAGCAAAUAACACUUCAAACAAUGGUGAAAACAAUGGAACAGCUUCGCCUGCUCUAUCAACCUCUUCGUCCGGUUCUCUGCCUGCAGCUAGUGCUGCAAUGCAAGCGAUCAAACGGCAUGCAAUGGAUUUUGUAAAUCCUCGAGAAAUGAUGGAUGAAAACGAAGGUCCAGUCACAAAAAGCAUUCGGCUAACUGCCGCUCUGAUUCUACGAAAUCUCGUGAACUAUACUAGUUCUGCGAAACGAAGUUUAAGAUUUUAUGAACCUCAUCUGGCGGGAGUGGCAUUAAGUAAUGUGGAGUCGAGCCGAACAAUUGCCCAAGUUUUGUACGAAAUGAAUGAGGCAUCGUCGUAUCCGUAUUCCUAAAAUCAAUAUUGUAGAGUUUUAAGAGAACCGAACAAUUUAUUUUUCUUACAGUAUUUGAUUUGAAUUCAACAAUAUAUUAUAACAACAACAACAACGACGAACAGAAUAUUUGGAAAACAUAUUUUAAGUUUCUAAUAGAGUCGUAAAUAAAGUUCGAAUUGAUUUUGCUUUGAAA